AUGUUGAAUAAACUAAGAAUUAGAGAUUCAUGGAAGGCGUAUAACUACACUCCUUCGAAAGCUGCAGCAGGUAUUUUUAUUGUGCUCUUUGGAUUGGCAACUAUUUUUCAAAUUUAUCAGAUAGUGAGAACAAUGGUUUCAAAGAAUUUUUCUAGAAAAGAGAAACAUGUGUUAUGGAUUAUGUUGCCUUUUGUUUUAGGAGGAAUUUUUGAAUACGUUGGAUAUAUUGGAAGACUUCUAUCAAGUCAUGAUACCACUGUCCUUGGCCCAUUCAUUAUACAAUCAACUCUCUUGUUGGUUGCACCAGCAUUAUUUGCAGCUACCCUUUAUAUGUCUCUUGGGAGGUUAAUUGAACGUAUGGAAUGUGAGAGAUACUCAAUUAUUUCAUUGAAGUAUUUAACCAAGAUUUUUGUGUUGGGCGAUGUAUUAUCAUUCUUGAUGCAGGCAGGUGGUGCAGGCAUUAUGGUUCAAAGUCAGCUGUCAUCCUCAAAAACAGGACAGAAUGUAAUUAUUGGUGGUUUGAUAGUUCAAAUAAUUUUCUUUGGCAUGUUUAUCGUUGUGGAACUGAUCUUUCAUUAUAGAGUCCUUAAGCACCCAAACGAAUGCGCCAUGAUAACUAGAAAUAUUCCUUCAAAAUUCAAGAAUUGGAAUUGCGUUUUAAUUACCCUUCUAGUAUGCUCCAUUCUUAUAUUUAUAAGAUCCAUAUUUAGAGUUAUCGAAUAUGUUCAAGGAAAUGAUGGAUAUAUUAUGUCGCAUGAAGCAUUCCUUUAUUGUUUUGAUGCAACCCUCAUGUUCUUAAACAUGAUAGUUUUCAUUUUCCAGAACAUUGGAAGAUAUUAUACUGAGUUCGAAUACUUAAAAUAUGACUCACCUGCAAGUUUCCGGAGCUCUGUAUCGACUGACAAAGAAGCUUUGGUCGAAAGGAAUAUGCUUUAG